UGUUUUCAUCGCAACAUCUGCUAUUUAUUGAAUAAAAUAAAUUGAGUUGCUGCUUCUGUUUACCUAGUAAAAACUCAAUUUCGUGACUGAAAAUGUUGCGCAGCCUGUGCAGUCGUUUGGAGCCACACAGCCUGGUAUGUGCCUUCACGCGUGGAAUGUCGGCAUAUCCGCCGCAUUAUAUUGAAGCAAUAUUCUCGAAAAAGAAGCAGCUGAAUCUUAAAGAAACUGAUGAGUACAUCAAGUUGUCACAUAUGCCAAUUAAAGCAGCCAGGAACGAUGAAUCCGAAUCAAUAUUUUACAACGAACUGGUGAACAAAAUGGUGAAUUAUAUAACAAAAGGUGGCAACAAGAAACUAGCCAGAGAAUUGCUUACCAAAUCAUUUGAAUGUAUGAAACGCGUACAGAUUGAGCGCAUGAACUUGAACCCCGAUGCCAAAGACACGAUAAUUGCCGAUCCGGAACAAUUGUUGAUUAAGGCAAUUGAAAAUAGCCGGCCACUCUUACAGUUGACUGCAAUCAAACGUGGUGGCGUCAAAUAUCAAGUGCCCAUUCCGGUGACUCAAAAACGAUCAUAUUUUUUGGCCAUGAAAUGGAUAUUAGAAGCAGCAAGAGAAAAGGAGCGAAAGGUGCAUUUACCCGAAAAAUUGGCGUGGGAAGUAUUAGAUGCGGCCUAUAAUCAAGGGCGUGUGGUAAAAAAGAAGAAUGACUUGCAUCGACAAUGCGAAGCCAAUCGCGCCUAUGCUCAUUACAGAUGGAGCUAAAAAGUUGUUGAAUAGUUUUUUAAAAUGUGGUGCUUAAUGUAAAAUAAUCACAAAAUAAACAUAACAAUAUUUGGUAA